CCCCUCCCUCUCGAGCCCAGCGGGGUAGCGAUCGGAUAAAUGUUUUCCGAAUAGUGGAAAUGUAAAUAUAGCGAAAAGUUUCACGUGCUCUCGACGUUUCGUGUGACCAUGUAACUCUUCCGAUCGCGACACAUGAUCGCUUCGUGAGAGGCUUUACGCGGAGUCUCUCGGAGAGAUGAGCGGAGGGCAGCGGAGAACGAGGAGUUCCGCUCGACGUUGCACGAUCGGUGAUGCCCCUUGGCACGCGACGCAGAACGACGACGGGAACGCGCGCGUCAUGCCCUCUCGCCCCGCGUGAGUAGGUGGAGGAUGCUCCGAUUUUGACGCGAUGAUGUCGCGCGCCCCGAUGUCCGCCCACCGACUCACGUCGCGCCACCAGGAGUCCGCGAUGUCGCUGUCGAAGACAGCCCCGCCGGACGAGACGACGCUGGCGAGGUGCUUCCGCGCGGGCGACCACCGCGGCGUCGCCGCCUACCUCGACCAGCUCAAGAGCGACGCGAAGUGCCGCAAGGAGUUCGCCAAGCGGGCCAGCUGCCUCGACGUCCUCGUCAAACUCCUGCGCUGCGAGAACCACAGGAUCGUCGACAGGAGUCUGAGUAUACUCGCGGAUGCUUGCAUGUCCGACGACGUCAGGGAGAAGGUAAGAAACAGCAGGAUAGGAUUCAACGUAGUGCUCAUAAUAGAAAAUCUCGAGCUGAAUGCCAUGCUGCACUGUCGUGCUUGCAGGCUCGUUAGUAACUUGUCCGAAUGUAGCUGGCACGCCAAGGAAUUGUGUGAUGCUGGUGUAAUAAAAGCACUUGUGACACUCCUAACGUCGAAAACCGACAUACAAACUUAUUGUAUGGCCAUUAGAGCUGUAAGGAAUAUCUGGAACGUUAAUAAAAGCAUUAGGGAGACAGUGGUGGAGUUGGAAAUCAUCAAGCUGGUUGCUCAAUUAUUCGUUACGGCCGAGGAGAAGUCCAAAGUGGAUGCGAAGUACGGCAAGCUCAUGGAUGCGUGCUUGAAGGCCAUGUACACAUUUCUCGACAGUUUAGAUCCACGAUGCGCCAACCAGAUGCGUGUGAACAAGAACAUGUGGGGCUACAAGUGUCUCAUGCGUUGCUGCAACGCGGGCAACAAUAAGAAGAUGGCCAUCAAAUGCCUCUACACUCUCUGUCAGAUAGCGGAAUGUCGAUUGAAUCUGGGCAUUUCCGGCACGGUCGAGGAGCUCAUAGCGCUAAUAGCGGCCGACACCAGCUCCAGCCUUCUGUGCAAGGAGAUGCUGUUUAGUCUGUGCUUGUUUUGUCGAGAGUCGGUGAAUCGAGACAGGAUCAGACAGAACGACGGAUUGCAGAUCAUCGUGGCGCUGUUGAACAAGCCCGAGCACGAGUGUCACCACCCCACGUUGUUGGAAGCUCUCUCGCUGUUCAUCCACGACGAAAUUGGCCUCGACAUCCUGACGAAGCACGGCAUGCUGGAGGUCUUGGUAGCGAAACUGACGCACUUCGUGAAUAAGAGCAGCGACAGAAGCAACACAUCGAGAAAACGUUCCAGUGAUUACUUGAUCGAUGAUUAUUGCAAAAGGCCUUCCAAGUACCCCACUUCAAGGUACAGCAUGGAUCUUUACCGUGAUGACUGGAGCCCGAGGAGCGCCACGAGUGCCUCCUCCUCGUCGCCACCUAGCACACCGCCCUUGCCACCUUACUCCGAUUUCAAUGCAGAUAUUGAUGAUCUUAAAGAUGACGUUUACAGUCCGGUCUACAGCGAUAAGGAAUGCGAUGACGAAGACGAAGAAGGUGCGUCCCCUCGAAGCUACAAAUCACUAACAACUGUCGAAGCUGAUUCUGAUUCCUCCUCUCUCAACUCCGAGACGUUUUCGGAAACGAGUGCUUGCGAGUACUAUACGCUAUUGCUACUGAGUAAAUUGAGCUUCUCUAUUAAGCCUGUCGACAAACUGGCCGAAUCCACGACCAUCAGAUCGCUAAUGAAUUACAUAAAAUACGCGAAAAAGCAAAACCUCCUAAAAGACACUGCGAUCAAAAUAUUGAUAAGGAUCAUAGGAAACGCGGCGUAUUUCAUGCCGUUGCUGAAGCAAGGAUUCGUGUUCUUGGUGUUCGAGAUGCUGACGCUGCCGGAAGCGGAGGAGUGCGUGCGACAUUUGCGCACAGUGGCGCAAACGGGCGGCGCCAUCGGGCAGCUGUCGUUUACGUUGCUGCGCGACGAGGAUGAGUACAAGCUGCUGACCGCGGUGUCGAUUCCGCUUCUCGUCAAGUCGCAUUUCACGCUCAGGUCCUUGCUGAAAAAGCACGAGGGACUGCAGCUGAUAUUCCGUCUGCUAACGGACUCGUCGCACAAGUUGCACAAGCGGGCGAUCUGGUCGAUCUGCCAGUUGACGAAGACACUCUACCCGGAGGACUAUUACUCGACCGCUAAAACGACGACGAUAAAAGCCAACGAGACAGAUCCUACGAAAUCGUCGACGGUGACAUUCGAGCUGGACGACGGCACGGCCGUUACGGCUUGCAAGCAAAUGCUGUGCCAGCACUCGCCCGUCUUCUCCGCCAUGCUGGAGGGUAACUUCAGCGAGUCGAACAAGAGACGAAUACGACUGAGGGACACGUCGCGCGACAGCCUGAAGACGCUGAUACUGGCGAUGAGCGGCGCCAAGUUCGAGAAUCGAAGCAUCGAGUCGCUGCUGAACGCCGUGCUGCUGGCCGACUAUUUUCUCAUGCCGGACUUAGUGGACCUGUUAACCGAGAACUCCGUGAGUAAGCUCAAUCACGAGACCUUAUUCCGAGCCUGGGACUGGGCCAGGAGCCACUCCUGCCACGAGUUCAGAUCUUAUUGCGUCAAGAGAUUUCUGACCGCGAAAAUGUCGUGGAGUGAAACGAUGCGGACGUUCCGCGAUUUCUACACCGCCAAUGCCUUCGACGAGUUCCUACGCGAGAUCAGGGACAUAAUCACGGACGUGUUGUGCCAACAGAACGUUAAACUCUGCGAAUGCUAACUCUUUGGGCUCUAAGAUAAGAAUAGAGUAAACGCGGCUUGUUAAAUCAUUAAUUUGUGUUUACUCUGUUCUGCGGAACCUUUCAAUGGGAAUUCUUUGCAUAAGCUUGGUGCAUUUCUAAUUGCGUGAUUUUUCGAUAAUUAUACAAGGCAUCUCUGAAAGAAAAUGGUUUCUUUUUUAAUAGACGUGAUAGAAUAGUAUAAAUGGAGUGAAAAUAUUUUAUCAAUAUAGUAUCGAAAAUAUUUAAUCAGAUAAAUGUUAUAACAAGUUUUAUGCAAUACGAUCAUUUUCUCUUAUGUAAAAUUUAAUUUGUUAUAAAAAGAUUAUCCUGUCUCUUGUGUAUCUGCAGCACAAUAAUGUUACUUGCAUCUAUAAUGAAUUGCCAAAAAUUGACUUUCCAUUGGGUUUGUAUAAAAUAUUUGCCUUAUUGCAUUCAAAAAAUAAAAUUCAAUGGUGACAAAUCUGAUAAUCGAGAAGGCCAAGUAAUUGAAAUGCAAUAAAUAUUGAGUCUGUGAUAUUUUUGAAGCUCAUCAGAAUGUAAUGUUAUUA